GGGUACGAGUUUUUGGGGGGCUCUAGGUGAGAGGUGCCGGCAGCGGCGGGAGCAGAGCAGCUGCUUGUGCAUUCUCCGCAUGCCUGACUGCAGAGCCAAGUUGCAUAAGGAGAAGGGAGAGGAGGGUUGCACGGAAAAGGGAAAUUUCCAAGAAAAGAGGGAUCUGCGGCAAUAUCUGCACCUCGGGGAAUGAAGAGAGGAACCAACAGGCGUAAAUGGCCUGGAGAUGGCUGAAAUCUUUGCCGAGGAGAUUGGGACUGCGGGGUUAUUUUCCACCUGCCUCCCCUACCCGGUUCUGUAAUCCUGGCUCAAAGUAGACAAGUCGAGUUGGAGCUGAAGAAGGGAGGCGAUGCCACACCUCCCGAGGACACUGGGGACAUCGGGUUUUGCUGAGCUUAGCAGCUUUUCACCGUCGUACCGAAGGCAUCAGACAGACGCUCAUCUGCCCUGAAGUGCAUAUCUGCAACAGCUCCCGGGAAGACUCUGUCUCUCUGUCUCUCUGUCUCUCUUUCUCUCUCUCUCCAGUCCAAACCAUUACAAGACCUGACUUCCACCAUCUGGAAAUCUAACCCCUCUUAUGUCCCUUCUCCUUUUUCUACGAUGACUCACCAUUAUUUUUAACUUUGAAGAGAGAGGAAAUUAUGGGGAUCUUGGAAGCCUGUAUUUCUCUCUAGGAUUUCCCCAGGGUCAGAUAAUCGGUGUUACUAAGAGACACUAAGAUUUGGCUUCUCCAGGUAAUGUGAUUUGUUUUCUGUGUGCCAUGGUGGUUUGCAGAGAAUGACAGGAGCCGGGACCCCAGCGGUCGAGGAGGGGGACUGCGGUGGUCCGCGGGGCAGCUGGAACCGCCGGCUCCACAUUCCGGCAGCCGCAGAGCCUGGCUGCAGGCAGGGAGGGCAGCAUGUCACCAGGGAAAGAGGAUUGGGAAGGUGUUAAACUUAAAAGCGGAGCUGGAGCUUUCCUGGAGGGUAGAUUGCCUGAGAUCGUAAGGUUAAAUGUUAAUUAACCCUUAGCUGCAUGCCUGGAAAUGAGCUGAGACCAGCACCCCGCGGGGUCCUCUCGCCACUUCAGGGCUGGAUGGGGUUAUUUUUCUUCCUUCCUUUCUCUUCCCUCCCCACUCUUUAUUUUUUCUUUUAACUGGAAUUCUUAUUUUUAGCCAAAAAAUAAGCCCUGGUUUAGCAGCGCCAGUUUUUCCACGCUGGUUUUGAACAGGUGCUGGUUCCUCAGGUGUUUUCGGUGUUUCACCUAAUGGGUUUAGAUGGGAGUUGUUGAACUCUAUCCCAAGGAAGGCAAAUUAACCCCUCCAGGAAGGGGAUAGACGUGCUAGAGAAGGGAUCUGCUCUCCUCCCCCCAACUUUAUUCCAUCUCUCUCUUUCUCAGCAGGGGCGAUUUUCUUUCUUCUUCUUCUUUAUUUUUUUUUUUUCCUUUUUUUUUCCUCUUUUUUUAUCUCAUCCCUUCGCCUUUUCAUGAGACUCUACCAAACCUACGUACCUGUCCUUCUGCAGGAUAGUAGCCCUGCCCCGAACCCGAUCCCACCACUGGGCACUGGGAAGAGUUUAGCAUAAGGAUUUCUUUUAAAGCCCAAUAUGACAGUUGCUACUGGAGAUCCUGCAGAUGAAGCUGCAGCUCUUCCCGGUCACCCGCAGGACACGUACAACCCUGAGACCGACCAUGAGUGCUGUGAGAGGGUGGUCAUCAACAUCUCGGGGCUGCGCUUCGAGACGCAGCUCAAGACACUUGCCCAGUUUCCAGAGACCUUGCUAGGGGAUCCUAAAAAGAGGAUGAGGUAUUUCGACCCUCUCCGGAACGAGUAUUUCUUUGACCGGAACAGACCCAGCUUCGAUGCGAUUUUGUAUUAUUACCAGUCCGGGGGGAGGUUGCGGCGGCCGGUUAACGUGCCCUUAGACAUCUUCUCCGAAGAGAUCCGCUUCUAUGAACUGGGGGAAGAAGCCAUGGAGAUGUUUCGGGAGGAUGAAGGCUACAUCAAGGAAGAGGAGAGGCCGCUGCCUGAGAACGAGUUUCAGAGACAAGUGUGGUUGCUCUUCGAGUACCCUGAGAGCUCAGGCCCUGCCAGGAUUAUAGCUAUUGUCUCUGUCAUGGUGAUUUUAAUCUCCAUCGUCAGCUUUUGCCUGGAAACUUUGCCCAUAUUUCGGGAUGAGAACGAAGACAUGCACGGCAGCGGGCUGAGCCAUCCCCCCUACUCCAACAGCAGCAUGGGGUACCAGCAGUCCACUUCUUUCACAGACCCCUUCUUCAUCGUGGAGACACUUUGCAUCAUCUGGUUCUCCUUCGAGUUCUUGGUGAGGUUUUUCGCCUGCCCCAGCAAGGCUGGUUUUUUUACCAACAUCAUGAACAUUAUAGACAUCGUAGCCAUCAUUCCCUAUUUCAUCACCUUAGGGACGGAGCUGGCUGAGAAGCCAGAGGAUGGUCAGCAGGGCCAGCAAGCCAUGUCCUUGGCCAUCCUUCGAGUCAUCCGCUUGGUGCGGGUCUUCAGGAUCUUCAAGCUCUCCCGGCACUCCAAGGGGCUGCAGAUCCUGGGACAGACUCUCAAGGCCAGCAUGCGGGAGCUGGGCCUCUUGAUAUUUUUCCUCUUCAUCGGCGUCAUCCUCUUCUCCAGCGCCGUCUACUUUGCCGAGGCCGACGAGAGCGAGUCCCAGUUCCCGAGCAUCCCCGAUGCCUUCUGGUGGGCUGUGGUUUCCAUGACGACUGUUGGCUACGGAGACAUGGUCCCCACGACCAUCGGGGGGAAAAUCGUGGGUUCCCUGUGUGCCAUCGCUGGCGUACUAACGAUUGCCUUACCUGUGCCCGUCAUAGUGUCUAACUUCAAUUACUUCUACCACCGGGAGACCGAGGGAGAGGAGCAGGCUCAAUAUUUGCAAGUAACCAGCUGCCCAAAGAUCCCCUCUUCCCCUGACCUAAAGAAAAGCAGAAGUGCCUCUACCAUUAGUAAGUCUGAUUAUAUGGAGAUUCAGGAAGGUGUGAACAAUAGCAAUGAGGAUUUUAGGGAGGAGAACUUGAAGACAGCCAAUUGCACCCUAGCUAACACAAACUAUGUGAAUAUCACCAAAAUGCUAACCGAUGUCUAGUUGCUAAAAUCUAGUCCCGUAUUUAAAGCUGAAGUGGAACAAUUGCAGAUAUUGAGUGCUGCUCUGCAUUGUAGUUAAUACAGUAUUUUCUACGGUGUAUAUUUGGUUCUGCAUGGAAAGCAAUAGCUGUGUAAGUGACUUUUAACCUUUGAUUUCCGCACCGAAUAAGCGUCCGUGCAAAAAAACCACAACAAAUCCAAACCAUUUUGUCGCCCUUCUCCCAUCCCAGGCUCGUGGGUUUCCAAAGAUACAGAGGGGACGGGCACUUGGAGCAGCGGGAUGGGGACGCAAGGGGCAGGUCCGGGCCACCCCCGGGACCACAAAUCCUGGUCCCUGUCCUGGGUGACAGCCAGCUCCCAGGCACAGGGAACAGCUGGGAAAGGUCAGGCAGAACUUCCUGGAGGGCUGCUGCAGGCGUGGGGAUUGCUGGAGGGCUCGGGUUCCUGCCCCGGGAAAGCUGAGGGCGAACGCGGCGCCCGGCUCGUGUUUCAUAACUGAGAAUGCUGCAUGCUGCAAUAGUUUCAGCCACUGCAGUGUGCCAGUGUGAGGCCCAGGGGAGGGAUAAUUAGUGUGACAGCACAUUAUUUAUUAAGUCUUAAAUUUUCUAUGCGAGGCAUCGGGAGGGACGAGUAAAUAAAUCAAGAGCUUGGAAUUUAUUUAUUUAUUUAGAUGACACUUCCAUCAUCAAUAUUUCCAGGAUCACCAAAGACACCUCCACUGACACAUUGAAAAUGAGUUGGAAAAAGCAUCUUUUUUUAUAUCUAUAUAUAAAACUGGAGCAACUAUGCUGUGGCCUAUAAUAUAUUUAUACUGCAGUGAAAUUUAACCAGUAAUACAGUACAGCUGCAUGGAUAUUUGUUGCAUGAAUCUGAAUAUUUAAUACACACACAAAUAUAUAUUUUCUUAGUAGACUAUACAGUAUUCAUGUUUAUAGUGUUUAUAGAUUCUCUGGUGGCUCGAAGGAGAUUCAUGGGAGUUUAAAAAAAAAAUCUCCAUUAUAGUUAAAAACCAGAUGGGGAAGGUGUGUGCUGACAACAGUUGGAUAGAUAUCAGUGCAAAGCCUGAGAGAUAACAAGGCAAAGCCUGAGUGUCCGAGCAUCCAGACACAAGAGCUGACGAAUGCAAGCCAGGGAAGGUGAGCUGAAAGUUAAACACCUGCGCUCAUUAUGGGGCGAGUAAUUAGUCAUUAAUCGUGGUGUCAGGAGCAGAAACCACGACGGAUCGGAGAGGGCACGAGGAGCAGGUGGAAUAGCAGGUUCCAGCUCUCCUGACUUGUUUGAUCAGCAGUUUUCAGCCGUUCCCGUAGAAUUCCCGUGUGUGUGUGUGUAUAGAUAUUUAGAGAGCGACUACAGGGCCGAAUCCUCAGCAAACAGAGUGCUUGGGGCAUCGAGGACUUCCCGGCUCAGGGCUGCUGGGAUGGUGGGACAUGAGCUGGAGCAGGGUGGCCUGCCCCUGGAGCCCACGGGGUCACCAGGGCAGGGUGCAUUUUGGGCUUGAAAGCUCCUUUUCAACCCUCUCAGGGCUGGGGCUUUAUUCCUUUUUGAUGGAGAGGGCACAUGCUGAGGUGGCCUGGAUCUGAGCUGGCUCCUCUGAGCCUUUGCUUUGCCUUCCUCCAGGGUGUUCAAGAGCAGUGGGUCAAGGUGCAGAGAGCCUGAGGCUCUCUUUCUUCAUGCCCAGUGUUAUUUGGGGAUGGGUGAGAGCUGUUGAUGCAUGGGGAGUCUCACCUGCUUUCUCCAUCCCUGUGUGGGUUUGCUUGCUUUUUUCCCUGUUGCUGACAAUCCUCAGGGAGAGGUGCCCUGCUCCUCUUCCAGGUCAGGGGAGAUGGGGGAAAAUCUCUGCCAAGGUCACAGUUGAGCAAAGCCUCCCUGGGCUGUGGAACAGGGUUCAGUCGGGGUGAAUUGGGGUUGAACUGGGGCACGAUCAGCCCUGAAACUCUGCAUGAAGGGUGAGCACAAGGAGCUUGGGGAGGGGUGAGCCAGACCCUUCCUUCCU